GAGCAUGUCGGGAAAUGUCUGUCCGGUGGGCGCCAUAUUGAAGCAGCAACUAUUGUUAUAAAUUGAGAAGGGGCUGCUGCUGGCUGAGUUUACAUGUUUUUUUGCGUGUUCGUUCUGAAAAUAUCUGGAUUUAACUACGCAAGGUCAUGAAAGAGAUGUCAACAAUGGUGGCAGCUUAAUACAGCUUUUAGCUAAGUGUUUUCAUCUGUUAAAUCAUUAUGUUUAGUGCGCAUUCUUGAAUAAACGAUGACAGUAAAUGACCUGUUUAAGCUGCUCUUUAUUCGCAGGACUGGCAGUAGUACGCUUGGCGGGCAGCAGCCUCGGAAACAUUAUGGCAUCACAUCUUCUAUCAGUCUAGCCUUUCCCAGAGAGAUAGACCACAUCUACACUCAGAAGCUCACUGAGGCUAUGAAACCCUUUGGAGUGUUUGAGGGUGAAAAUGAACUUAAUCACAGGCUUGCAGUUCUUGGGAAGCUGAAUUCUUUUGUUAAGGAGUGGAUUGCAGAGAUCAGUGAAACGAAGAAUCUUCCACAGUCAGCCGUGGCAAAUGUUGGUGGCAAAAUCUUUACUUUUGGCUCAUAUAGGUUGGGAGUGCACACAAAAGGUGCUGAUAUAGAUGCUUUGUGUGUUGCCCCACGACAUGUUGAGCGCAGUGACUUUUUUUCGUCUUUCUUUGAAAAACUAAAACGACACGAUGAGAUUAAAGAUCUACGGGCUGUGGAGGAUGCAUUUGUACCAGUGAUCAAAUUCAAGUUUGACGGCAUUGAGAUUGAUCUGCUGUUUGCAAGGCUUGCUUUCCAGUCCAUCCCUGAUAACCUGGACCUGAGAGGAGAUUCACUCCUCAGAAACCUGGACAUAAGAUGCAUUCGCAGUCUAAACGGUUGUCGUGUUACUGAUGAAAUCCUGUAUUUGGUGCCUAAUAAAGAGAAUUUCAGAUUAACGUUGAGAGCAAUUAAAUUGUGGGCCAAACGCCGUGGAAUCUAUUCCAACAUGUUAGGCUUUCUGGGUGGAGUUUCCUGGGCUAUGCUGGUGGCCAGGACAUGUCAGCUGUACCCCAAUGCUGUUGCUGCCACGCUAGUGCACAAAUUCUUUCUGGUCUUCUCUAAAUGGGAAUGGCCAAAUCCUGUGCUUUUAAAACAACCUGAGGACAGUAACUUGAAUCUACCAGUCUGGGACCCACGGGUGAAUCCGUCAGACAGGUACCAUCUGAUGCCAAUCAUCACUCCAGCAUAUCCACAACAAAACUCCACAUACAACGUGUCCACAUCCACACGCACCAUCAUGAGUGAAGAGUUCAAGAAUGGUCUCAUGGUUACGGAUGAAAUUCUUCUGGGUAAAGCUGAUUGGUCCAAGUUGUUUGAACCUCCCAACUUUUUCCAGAAGUACAAGCAUUACAUCGUCCUCACCGCCAGUGCAUCCACUGAGGAAAACCACCUAGAAUGGAUUGGACUGGUGGAAUCAAAGAUAAGAGUGUUGGUUGGAAAUUUGGAGCGGAAUGAGUAUAUCACACUUGCCCAUGUGAACCCACAGUCUUUUCCUGGGUCAAAAGAGAACCGCAACGAAAAUGAAUUUGUGUCCAUGUGGUUUAUUGGAAUCAACUUUAAAAAACUGGACAACUCUGACUGUGUUAAUAUUGACUUGACCUAUGACAUACAGUCCUUCACAGACACUGUUUAUAGGCAGGCUAGCAACAUCAACAUGCUGAAAGAGGGUAUGACCAUUGAGGCCACACAUGUGAAAAAGAAACAGUUGCACCAUUACCUGCCUCCUGAACUUGUGCAGAGGAAGAAAAAGCAGAGUUUGGGAGAUAUUAACCGUAGUUCAGAUGGUGGUGGGUCAAAGCGCUGCUCCCUGGAUGGCAGUCAUCUGGACAGUUCCACAGACACAGGCACCCCGUUCAGCUCGCCUACACCAGUCAGCAAACCAUGCCAGCCAGUCUCUACGCCUGAAGAUAGUAAUACCAGUCCUCCAAACCUACCAGUCAGUGUAUUUAUGGACGGCUCCCCACCAUCCGAAUCAUCUUCAACAUCAGAACAGGGAAUGUCCAUCCCAGUCAUUGGCUCCAAGCCCCCACUGCCCACUGCCACUCCAGUCUCAGAACCCCUAGCUGGCAAUACCAUUCCCACAGUGGUGGGCCGUAAUGUAAUACCACGGUUGAGCUCUCCCACUCCUACUGAACUGCCCAACAGCCUUAAUGGAGCUGCACCAAAGAGACCUCACUCUCCAUCCCUGGAGGAGCCACCGAAAAGACACAAGGAUGCAGAGGAGGUGAUCCCUGAUGACUCUGCAUUUAAGGAACCAUACCCUGUAACUGGCAAUGGCUUGGAUGUAGAAGAUGGGCUGACGGAGGAGGGUCUUGCGGCAACCAAACCUAUGCCAAUACCUACAAUUGAUACAUCAAGAACACAGAGGCUACCUAGUAAAGAGCUUCCAGAUGCAUCAUCCCCACUUCCCACAAGCAACCUCCGUGUGAUUAAAAACUCUAUCAGGCUCACAUUAAAUCGAUAACAGUUGUCCCUUAAAAUGUGGGACCACCCUUGUAACAGCAGUGCUGCUUUUAAACUGCUACUGAUGGUUGGCUGGUCUUCCUGCUUGUUACAAAGGUAUCAGUGUAAAGUGUUGGCGUAUGGAUUGAUUGAGGUUCUUUUUUUAAUGCCUUACUGUCUCAGAAUGCUUGCUUGGUAAACAUCUGUUUGAGCUUUUGAAACAAAUUGUACAGUAGAUGUAGUUUGUAUAUAACUUAAAAAUCAUUGUUAGUCUUUCUAUGCCACCUUAAUGUAGAUUUUAAUAACAAAAAAUGUAAAAAAAAUUGUCCUGUUUGUCGCUUUAAAUUAGAUUAUUCAUUGUUUGUAGAAGCUGUUCCCUGCAAAAUCUUUUGUAAUCAUUGUAUUGGUUCUGGUACAGUUUCUGGGAGGACCUUUUGUUUGGGGUGUGCGUGCGUGUGUAUGUAUGUGUGAAUGACCAGCAUUAGUAACUAAAAACCGUAACCCAGUUACCUAUUCACAAUCAUCUCUGCUGCCACUCCACGGCUCAGAGCAAAAGAACAGUAUUAGAACUGGGGUCGGGGAUGGUUGUUGGGCCUCUGUCUCAAGGCAGUUUGAUGCAAGGGUUUUUUUUUCUUCUAUGGAUUCAAUAUUUGCUAAAUGAUUCCAGAGUGAGUGUUGGUUUAUUGUGUGCACGUGCAUGACUAGUUCCCUGCGUCUAGGGCAUCACCCCUGCACCUCCCAUGGAGGUCUGAAUGGCAGAGUCUCCUGAACUUCAAGAACCGAAAUUAAAUGAGACCUGCCCUUUUUUUCAUGAUUUUCCUAUUUGCAUUUUCUUUUCAUGUUGCAAGCCUCCUGCCCUGUUGGGGUUUACAGAGUACCUGUGGAUUUAAAAAAACAACAAAAAAAUAGGUUUACUAUUCAUAUGGGGUUUCUUAACAUUUUAUUUAUUUGGACCAUUAUAAUUUUUAUAUCACAGACCUAGCAGCUGGAUUUCUUUCUUCUAGAUAUCAGUUGCAUUGUUCAGAAUUUGAUCUUCCUUGUUACCUUCAGAAAAUCUGCUUGUCUUUUUUUUCUUUGAUUUUUUUUGGGGGGGGUGGGGUAGGGCAAAAGUUGUAUUUGAAAUGAUAUUUUUGUAUGUAAUGUAAACUGCCUUUACAUUUAAGAACAUAAAAUUCA